CAUAGGAGUAUGCAGGACCAAGAUAAAGAGAUUGGACUGGAAAACAAAUUAACAAAUGUCAAAGUCCAGGUUACUUUCAAAACUUGCAAAGAAUCACCCUUUUAGCACAGUUUUGCAUUAUUGCCAUCAACAGACAAACAAUUCAAUAUUGUUUAAAAUGCUUCGUAAAUACCAUCCUCCUGAAUGGGCAAAGACUUUAAAAAGUAUACCUGAAGAAAAAAUUCAGCUUGCCAAUGGGAACACACCAAUACACCAAUGGGACAUUCCUGGAUUACCAGAACAAUUUACUUUGUCAAUCAAAAGGGAUGACAUGACAGGUAGCACUCUGUCAGGAAAUAAGGUCAGGAAAUUGGAAUUUUUGAUGGCGGAGGCGAUAUCUAAGAACUGCAAGCAUGUAAUCACUUGUGGAGGAUUACAAUCUAACCAUUGCCGUGCUGUUGCCGUGAGUGCCCGCCAGCUAGGAAUGACUCCUCAUUUACUGCUACGAACAGAUAUUCAGGAUUCUAAAGAUGUUGGUUGCCAGGGAAACUUGUUACUAGACAGAUUGUGUGCAGCGAAACUUUAUCUUACCCCAAGAAAAUCACCUUACCUUACUGAACUUAAACCAAGAAUGGAUAAACUAGCAGAACAUAUUGAGAAGACAACUGGAGAGCAGUGUUAUCAGAUACCAGUGGGUGGCUCGAACUCUGUAGGUCUGUUUGGAUAUAUAUCUGUAUUUGAAGAAUUAUUGUCUCAAGGCCUACAUGAGAAGUUUGACGAUAUAGUAUUUGCCUGUGGAAGUGGUGGUACUGCUGGUGGUCUUGCUAUAGCAAACUUUCUCACAGGUUCUAAAGUAAGAAUCCAUGGUGUUGCAGUGAGUGACGAUGCACGAUACUUCCACCACCAUUGUAACGAGAUGAUCCAAACAGUAGGGUUGUCAGCAAGGUCAGAAGAUAUCCUUGACAUCAUUGAAGGUCAUAAAGGUCAAGGUUAUGGUAUAUCUACACAAGAAGAACUUGAUUUUAUUGUAAAGAUAAGUUCAUCAACAGGAAUAAUGUUGGAUCCUGUAUACACAGGUAAAGCUGUAAAAGGUCUUGUAGAAGAACUACACCAAAAUCCAGACAUGUUCAAAGGACAACGUAUCCUAUUUCUUCACACGGGUGGUGUAUAUGGACUGUAUGAUGGUAGAAUUGAAGAUACUUUAAAACUUCCUGGAGCAUCAACUGAUCAUGUGACUGUUUGGACGGAUAAAGAUCAUAUACCGACACUGUCAUAAUAUGUGAUUAUCAGUAUUAGUAACAUAAUUUGUAGAGAUGUGAUUAACAUUAUUAGUUAACAAAAUCAUUAUGAAGAGACGCAAUAUUUUGGCAACCAGAUGUGUGUAAUUCAUUGAGAGCUAACGAUGAUAAUAGGAACUUUUGUCAACUUACUACCCGUAUGGUGCCACCCAGGUCUACAUGUCUUAACAUUCUGAGAGGACUUUAUUAUAUCAGGAUAAUUUUGAUACUAUAAUCUCUGAAGCUUCCAACAAACCUGGCUAUGUACUGAUAGUUGCUCAAUUUUAAUUUUUAAAUGUUAAAACAUUUAACCAUUAGCCUGCUGGCUGUAACUUAUAGUACCCAUGCAAUCAGUACAGACCAUGAUCUUAUUCUUAUUGUUUUGCUUUUUAGUCUGUGCAUAUUUUGCAUAUUUUUGUGCAUAUUUUAAAAAUUUCCUUAACAGUGAUGAAUGAUUUUGUUCAGUCUCUAUAUAUUGCUUAUUACAAAAGUCUUAACCAUUAUCCUGCUGGAACUAAAAGUGAUUAACCUUUGUCACAAGUAAAGAGCUAGGCUAGU